GGCUUGGAGGAUAGCUUCUGUUAAUAUUACAAGUGAUGCAAUGACUACAUAAAAAAUAGUACACGAAGAGUUGACAGAAUAGGAAUUCAUGGUGAAUAGACAGCAGAGUAAAAGGCAGUGAAAGGUGAGAGAACUGUACAUAAAUAGAGAACAUAGGAAGACUUUACUAGAUUAAAAAAAUCCUUUUUUUUAGGUAUGGAUAAAAUAGGAUACGUGCGCACAGCAGAAAUAAUGGCUACCGGUAGGUGGAAAAGAGAGCGAUGAAGAGAACUUAAGAGGAAACACUGUAAAUCUAGGGUGACAGGAAGAAGGACAUCACACAGAAGGGAGGGGACAACGUGCAAGUGGUUGUGGUAAAGUACUGACUACAUGCGCUCUUGACUUCAACUCUGUGAAACAAAACAAGCAAGAAAGUCACUAAAACAAGCCAAGCCAAGUGAGAAGGUAAAUAAAAAAUGGCUGGUAUUCAGACUGCGAGUGGAGAAUAUAUAGAUUCCUCCUGGGAACUGAAAGUCCAUGUUGAGGAUCUAGAAGAAGAUGCAGACCCAAUAAUACUCCGAGUGACUGGCGAGCAACACAUUGGGGGAGUUAUGUUACAACUUGUGGAAAAAAUAGAUAUUUCCAAGGACUGGUCAGAUCAUGCUCUGUGGUGGAAACAGAAGCGUCAGUGGUUGCUUAAAACUAACUGGGCAUUGGACAAAUAUGGAAUCUUGGCUGAUGCACUUUUGUACUUCAUGCCCCAACACAAGCCAAUCAUCUUAUCUUUGCCUAACCAGUGUUCACUUAGGAUCCGUGUUUGCUUUUCCGGCACCACAUUUAGUGCAUGUUCUGAGGUCUGUAAGAUACUGGGAAUCAGACAUCCAGAAGAACUUUCUUUCUUGAAAGCACCUGAAGAACGAGAAAAGAAGAAAAAAAAAGAUAAGGACCCAGUGACGCAAGAAAUUUUUGACAUCUCGUCCUUUCAGCCCACAGUUGCCAGAGAAGGACAAGUGCAGUAUGGGGGAGCUCCAGCUCACUUCAUUGGUUCUCCUGAGGGACAGGAAUGUUACAAAGCCUUAUCUGUCUGCCGAAACGGACUGACUCCUGAAGAUAUACAAAAAAGAUACAAGCCAAUUACAGUGACUGAUAAAACAGCAGUGCAUGCCAGGUGGCUGGACUCUUCCAAGUCUCUCAUGCAGCAAGGAGUCCAGGAGGGGGAUAGACUGUGGCUUCAAUUUAAAUAUUACACUUUUCAUGACUUAGAUCCAAAGAUGGAUGCUGUACGGAUCAACCUGCUGUUUGAGCAAGCGCGGUGGGCUGUACUUUUAGAGGAAACAGAGUGCACAGAAGAAGAGAUGAUGAUGUUUGGUGCUCUACAGUAUCAUGUGAACAAACUGUCAGCAACCUCAGAUCCAAUGCAUUUGCCCCAAGACCCUGCUCUUCAAGACCUGGAUGAGGCGCUGGCACAUCUGGAAGUUAAAUUAGACGCAUCUACUCCUAGUGAGGCUCUGGAAAGAAUUGAAAUUGAACCAGAACUGCAGGAGAAUCUGAAAGUUUUCAGGCCAAAAAAAAUGACUCUUAAAGGCUACAAGCAGAAUUGGGUAAUGCUGAAAGGAACCAAUGUGUUAUGCUACAAAAGUAAAGAAGAGGCCAGAGGAGAACCACUGAUCCUUCUAGCACUGAAAGGAUGUGAAGUUAUUCCCGAGGUCAACAUUGCUUCUCAUAAGUUUUGUAUAAAGCUUUUAGUCCCAUCCCCUGAAGGAAUGAAUGAAGUUUAUCUGCGUUGUGAAAAUGAACAGCAAUAUGCCCGUUGGAUGGCUGGUUGCCGCUUGGCGGCAAAAGGACGCACCAUGAGUGACGCAUCUUACGACGGAGAAGUGCAAAAUAUACUAUCCUUCUUGACUCUUCAGAAAUCCAAUGCUCAGACUUCAGCCUCAGCAGCGGAGUCUAUCAACAUGCUUGCCCUUGUCUCACCAAGAUACCAGAAAAAGAUGAAGCUUAAGCAGUUAUCACCUCGUAUACUGGAGGCCUACCAGAACAUCGCCCAGAUUACUCUCAUGGAAGCGAAGCUACGCUUUAUACAGGACUGGCAAUCUCUACCUGAUUUUGGAAUCUCAUACUUCCUUGUAAGGUUUAAAGGUGCACGUCGGGAUGAGAUAUUAGGUAUCGCCAGCAACCGUUUAAUAAGAAUAGACCUGAAUGUUGGAGAUGUGGUGAAAACCUGGAUGUACAGUAACAUGAAGCAGUGGAACGUGAACUGGGAUAUUAGACAGGUGUCAAUUGAAUUCACUGAAAAUAUAAAUGUUGCCUUUACCUGUGUUUCUGCUUCUUGCAAAGUUGUCCAUGAAUACAUAGGUGGCUACAUUUACAUGUCUACACGAGCAAAGGAUGGUGGCAAAGGCCUCAAUGAAGAUUUGUUCCAUAAACUAACCGGUGGCCAUGAAGCUCUCUAGCAUUUUUGAAACUUCUGCUUAGCCACCAUCAUUUUCUGUGAUUCUGUACUUUCUGUAGUCGCUAUGAAUAAUAAUCAAAUGCAGUGUUUUCCAGUUCCUGUCUUGUUUUCACAGGAACAUAUAAAGCCUGUGACUUUGUCCAUACAAUGUAUACAUGUAGUAAUGAGAUAUUUUCCACUGAAAAGUUCCCCUUAUAACAACAAAUCUAGGUGUAUCUUAUACAGUACUUACAGUCCUUUGUAGAUAUGACAUCAGUGAUAUUUUACAAGGUAAGAAGGAGUAAUCUAUAGGUGUAGAUCAAUCCAACAAAAUCUUUUACUCUUGCCAGUCAUUUGAUACAUAUCACUUAGGCUAAUUUUACACUGCAUUUAUCUUUUUUCCCAUUAAAGGGAAUAUAUAUCUAUAGCAUAUGCUCAGAGCUGUAGACAUAGGGAGAUAAAACAAAUUAUCCAUGUCUCAUAGCUGAUGGCUGUUUGUAAAGUUAUAAAAUCCUGUUUUUCUUCUAAGCUCAAGUGUUGUAGAUGGUGGGCUGAGCUGAAACAUGCAAGACUUCUCCCUACGCCACCACUUUUUGCUCUGCUUGAUUGAUGUACAAGGGUCAAAACACUGUACAUCAGUCAUAAAGGGCAGGGAGGAGUAGUGGAGGGAGAAGGUGUGUAUACUGUAGCUUACUAUGGCACCUAUGACACCAGAGCUCAGAAGCAAAACAUGAUUUUGUAACUUUGCAAACAGCCAUGAGCUAAAAAUGAGAAGUGUUGUAUUUCCAUAUUAACUAUCUACUUAUGUUUGUAGCUCUAAACAAGAUAUACAGCUGACAGAUUCCCUUUAAACACAUCUGCCUCAAGACUUGAGAGACUUUAGGGACAAAUGCGUUUAACAAAUACAUAGGGUUUUAAUGUACACAUGUAUGCAUUCAUUUGUUCAGUUACUUUCCAUGUGUCAGUAACUUUUGGUCUUAAAGGGGGUUAUCAACCAUAAGGUGAUUUUAGAACCUACCUGCCAGACAAUAAUGGACAUGCUUAGGAAGGAUCUGCGCUUGUCUUGGGGCAAAAUUACUGUGUUGUAAGAUUACCAUAACACUGUGGCUAGCUUUUUGUGAACUGCUAUUUCCUGUUUGAAUUUCCUUCUUUUGCCUACAAAUCCCCGAAUUCCAUUUUCCUCCUUCCCACACAUCAGCCACCACACCCAUUGAAACAUAAAUGGGCUGCAUCCAUUCAAAAGACCUGUGGUUUUCAAUCAGGGUGCCUACAGCUGUUGCAUUAGUUGCAGAUGAAUCUCUAUCCCACCAAGUGAUCCCUCCACCCAUUGAAGCAGACAGGCUCCCUGUCAUCAGCUGACUAGUGAAGUCAGGUCUCGGUUGCAUUGCAACCUGGGAAAAAUCUGAGACAACAGUCAUUUUGUAUGCUGUUAAAAAUAAAUAUUGGGGUGAAAAUCACGUAAGAAUUGUGAGAAAACCGUCACACACAGAUACAGACACUAUAUUAUGAACUACACUAACUUUACAGCCCCUGUAGCAUAGUCAAAUAAAAAAAAUUCCUGGAAUACCCCUUUAAAUUUCUAUGCAAAGUAUAGGGCAAUGAAUAAUGCUGGAUGACCUUACAUUAUGUCCACUUUUAGUGUCUGUUUAACAGAUCUGUUUUUCCUAUAUUAGUCUAGUUUACUACAAAAUAGAAAAAAAAAGAAAAAAAAAUUACUGCAAAAGGGAUCCAAUUUUUAGCUGUAACUGCUUUUGCACGUGAUUUCUGGCUGUAUCAAAAACACAUUGUAAAAAGUGCCAUAUCUGGGAAGCCGUAUCAGCAUCUAAAGUGACUAUACUUCGGUGUAAAAGGAGCAAUGUAUUAAAUCAUAGCAAUUACUAAGGGUGCAUUCACACCCCAUUUUGUACAUACGGGUGCCGGAUCCGGCGG